GAAAAGUAACCAAAGGAAGGCCUGUGUGACUAUGUCGUCUGUGUUGGGCUCUGUGCUUAUAUGCAUUCGUACCUUGGUUUAUAACCCUCGUGAGAUAUUUGUAUCGAAGGGUGCAGAAUAAAUGAUUCAAAAAAUGUUUUCAAUUUCGCUACAAAUGCCACGUGACUAAUUUUGCAUGUGCAGUGGCUCCAGCUUUCACUUAGGACGAACGAAACGUCAGGAAAGUUGGCUCUCGUCUUGAAAAUUUGAAGAGAGGUUAAAGAACGUCUCUGGCGAUGGCAACGGUCAAAGGACUUGGAAGGAAUAUACCUUACUUGAGACAACAAUUUGCAGCACUCUUAGGAAACACCAGCACCAGUGUCAAGUUUAUCUGCAUAGUAGUUCUUUUUUCAUAUUGCCUUUCCUACUCCCAGGAGGCUGUGAAAGCCCUCAGUGUCACUCCAGGUUACCUGCUGCCUCCUGCAUUUUGGAUAUGGACAGCCUUCACCUUUUGUUUUCUUGAGAUACAUUUUUGGGAAGUGUGUGUGGACAUUGUCACUGUGGGAUUAUGUGGCAAACUGAUAGAACCACUCUGGGGUGCCAUGGAGAUGAUGACCUUCUUUGCUAUCGUCAAUUUUGGAGUUGCUGUCCUCUCUGCCUUGUUUUACUUGUUUUUAUACAUGUGUACUAAUAACACGGAUCUGCUUUUCGAUAUUCAUAUCCAUGGCCUCACGGGUUAUAUCGCAGGAGUCAGUGUCGCAGUGAAGCAAAUAAUGCCAGAUCAUAUUAUAAUAAAGACUCCAAUUGGAAAGAUCACAAACAGAAAUAUUCCACUAAUGGUGUGGAUAGUCUCCUUAUUCGUCUGGCUCUUGGGUUUGUUGGAAGGAACACAUCCGACGAUGUUUCUCAGUGGAUUACUAAUUUCCUGGACAUAUUUAAGAUUUUAUCAAAGGCACAAUAAUGGUACCCGAGGGGAUAUGGCCGAUAAUUUCACCUUUGCCAGUUUCUUCCCAAAUGUUUUACAACCACCUAUUGCAGUCGUUAGUAAUACGAUUCAUGGCUUUUUCGUUCGUAUUGGACUUUGUAAAAAAGUAGUUCGCAGGUUCGACAUGUCCAAUGCGCCACCAGGUUUAGUUAUAAAUUUGCCUGGUAUUGAUCCUCAUGAUAGUGAAAGACGAAGACAAAUAGCUUUAAAAGCAUUGAGUGAAAGGCUGAGCAAGGAUCAUGCGAAACCCUGGCAACAAGACAGAAGUAAAAAACAUUCUCCUGUUCCUCCCGCAGUGUCUGUACAGAUUCCCGAACCCGUUACGCUUAAGCCUCUCCCAUCGCCUCUAAUUCCGCAAAUUAAUGUAAACAUUCAUAGUCAACCUUCAACGAAUACGUGAUCAUCCUAAAAGUUCUACUUUCAAUAAGUAGGCACGUAUUGAAGCCCGAAGGAGCUUCUAAAGAAAAUGUUCUUACCAAAACAGGUUUAAUUAUGGCAAUAUUCGAUAAGACGACUGAACUUUAAGACUUGUAUGUACUUUUUCUUUUACAAAAAUAUAAUAAUAUUGUUUACAGAACUUUUAUAUAAAUCAAAAAUUCCCUGAUCAAUUCUCAAACUUCGUGCCCACUUUCUGGCAGAAUUUGACACGCCAGCAACAAAAAAAAAUCAAAGCCCACAUUGAUUUUUGUGAAAUUAAAGAAAUAAUAUUAUUAACUUUGCAAAACUUGUUGAAUAUGGUGCCAUAUUUGUACAGACUCAUUGUCUUUAGGAGAUUCUGGUUGAAAGUUUGUAAUCAAAACUUUAGCAUCAGUUUUUCAAUUCUUGAAAUUCAGAGACUCUAGUUGUUUUCAAACGCUUUUCAAUGUGGCUGGAUUUUAUAUGAAACGAUCAUUUUAAAAACGCUUUCUUGUUGGAAGAAAAGGACAACCAAAUGUGAUCCGCGAAUAAUUAAAUCCUCGAAAUCUUUUUUAAGGACGAAAAUGUGUGUAUAUAAAGAUGUAAUUGAUCUUUUAGGACAGCGUAGAAUAGUAGAAAUAGCACAUAAUCAUAUUGAGAUCGGGUAUUUUAUUUUUAGAUAUAAGAAAUCAUUAGCGUCUUGCAACUCAUUUGCGGAACUUGCAAUGCUACGAAAAUUUUCUUGUGUACAUAAUUUUAUUUUUAUGUUGGAAGUCGAUAAAGACUUCUCAUCGAUACAAUCAAGAGCGUCGAGGCUCGAGUGAUAAACUGAGAAAUGAGCUAUUGACCCUCAGUGUACAGUCAGCCGAUUACAAACUAAUUCUUUAUACCUCUAUAUUUUAUGUAAUUAUUAAGUCUAUAAAACUAAUGUUGUCUUCCUCAGUGAUAAACGUGAUGAAACCUGAAUCUAAGGUCCUUAAAAAUGAUUUAAUGAUCUUACCAAUCUGAUUUAACGAGCUUAAAUUAAUUUAUGACUUUAAAUAUUAAUUUAUAUUUCAAGUCGAAUUUUUAAAAUAAUUUUAUUGUAUUUAAUAAAACUAUACAUAACCUUUAGAUUAUUAUAUCAGUGAUCACUAUUCCAGUUGCAAAUAUUUAAGCAUUUAUGACUAAUAGAACAAGAGCUUCAAGCAGAAAUUUAAUUUCUGAAAGCAAUAAUUGUAGCUUGCAGGUUUUAGUUUCACAAAAAUUUUUAAAAGACUAUCAAUUAUUUGCACGUGAAUCUCUCUCAACCUUGCAUAAUAUAAUACGUUAACUAUAAUCACAAUAUUUUUUAUAUACAAGAAGCAAAUGAGUUGUAAGUAGAGCGAAGAGUGAUGUGAACUGUAAAGGGAACAAGAUAUUGAAAUGGAAAGGCAGCAGUGAGUAACGUGUACAGAGACACAUACGUAUAUCAUAAGUAGAGAUCAAAGCUAUUUUUAUGUGUUGUAUAAAAAUCAUUCUUUGAACAUCUGAGUGUUUAAUGUGGGCUGUCUUGAUCUCGUACUUAACAAACGCUCUUGGCAAUUAGGCUUUUAAAUUAUGCAUGAAAUGAAGAUGAAAAUUAUGACUUUAUGGCAGCGUUAAAAAGUUUGAGGUAAAGAUAUCUACGAUAGAUACAUAAACAUUCAUAUAAGCAUUAUAAGUACAGUGUAUUUAAAUGUUAAUAUAACGAAUUUUGUACAUAUGUUACGAUCUGUAUGAUAUUAAAAUCUAUCACCCAUUAA